UAAAGACGACUCGGCGAUUUAAAAUGAUUUAUUAGUCGGUGAACAAUGCCAGGUCAUGAAGGUAUUUGUAAUUUGGAAUGGCGCGGUUGACGAGGUGAUACGUCACAAUGGCGCGCCAGCCUGUUUGGUUUAUGCCCACAAUGACAAUAAUUUGUACUGGGCGCAAGGAGCGCGCAUGUUUUGGCGCGCGCGCCUAGGUGUGAAGGCGCGAAAAAUCCUUCAUUUUAGUCUUGGCUUUCAACGGAGAUGAACGUCCAAAAUAUUCGCUUGUAAUUUUUUCUUACGACCUUGCAUUUUUGAAGACGUCGUAAUCUACAAAGAGCAACGAAAUCUACAAGAAUUUUUUGUUGAAACCAUCAUCGAUCGGGACUCACAACAAUUUCGCUUAUGAAGCUGAAAAUGCAGUCCGAAUUACUUGAUGAUACUCUAUUUCUUGCCUGGCCUAACAUUAACAACAACUCGUCUGCUUUGACUUUGAACCAAGUUUAAUACGACGGGGAGCGACUGUAUCGAUUACAGCAGUCAGCAGAUCGGCUGGGCCCUAACUUUUGAGCUGUUUGGUUUCAGCAACGAUGGGAACGAAUGAUGAGAAUGUGACUCAAGCUGCUAGGUGGAAUUCAGUUCAUUCGGCUUUUCAUAAGCCUGGAAUUUUUAUUGAGUCUGAGAGUCUUGUCGUUAACGUGCAGGAUUUGGGACUGGCAACAGCCAACCCAGCCAACAAAACAUUUGAGCACGGACCCUGGCACAAGGUUAGAGACUAGGCCUAAGUUAGGCCUACAUUGGCAACAAAAUCAUGCAUAAGUUAGACAUUGUCGGCGACGCCAUGAUACAGUCGACUAUGAUUCAUCAUGAUCACCCAAUGAUAUGACUAUGACUAUGAGUAUUUAAUUAGGCAUAGCACAGCGUAUGCGCACACAGUCUGCUUGAAAUGCUAAAUUCAUCCAUUCCUGCGUGAACAUAAUUUUUGUUACUUUUUAAAACAUUCCUGUGAGUUUAAAAAUAAGUAUAUAGUUUUAAUUUCUUUACCUCCAUUUUUAUUGUAUUGUCAAUAUGCUCUGUCUCGCUUCUCACCUUUUUUCAUGAAGAAUUCAUAUUUCUAAUCAAUAUUUAACUCCAAGCACACCGCCGGUAUUUGGGGGGAAAUGACGCGUGGCGCUUAACUUCGCGUAUUUUUGAAAACGCCCUGAAAAUGACUAAAAACAUCCCCUCAGAAAAAUCAACGAUCCUCACAUGUUACACUCUAAAUAUGUGCAUGAAAUUUCCAUAUAAGGAUAUCGUGACCUUUCCGAUCAUGACCCUGUAUUCUGCUUCCGUGGAAACCAAUUUAUGGUCACACCGCAGGCGAUUUUACCGUGUGGCUUGGAUUCUUCAUAUCUCCGGUAUUCAAGUGUAUUUCCGAAGAGUGAAGUACUUGUUGUAAAGGUUAGGAGUUACAUUUUUUAGGGAUGAUAUUAUUUUGUCCUGAAAAUGAGUGUAACUAGCAAGGAAAUGGCUUUGAAUUGAGCAAACCAAAUUUUGGUUCACGAUUUCGAGGUACUACGCGCUUGACUUCAAUCAUGGCAUCCGCUGACUUCAGCGCAGAACAUACACGAAUACUCCAACUCACCGGAUGGACUGCCGAUGAAAUUCACUCUCUUGUACACGAACGGAAAUGUCCUGAUCACUGGUGGGAGGACCCAAGGCCUACUUUUGGCUUAAUGGAAAUCAUCAGAAAAUGUGUUGAUGACACUGAGAGCUUGAGCUUCCGGAAAGACUUUGUUAAUAUUUUGAAGAGCAUGGGCAUCAAAGAACCUAACUGCACAUUACCUGGAAUCCUGUCCAAAGUGAAACGCAGUGCUUUAAAAGCAAUCAGUGCUGAUAACUUAGAAUCCCUAUGUGAAGAAUAUACAGACUUGUCUGGGUCUAAUCGUGUUAUUGGUUCAGCAUGUCAGCAAUUGGGAAUUACUCCUGGUUUGUUGAAAGAAGGAUGCAGUAAUUUACAAGGAGAUAUCUCAAAUGGAAUCAUUGUAGAGCUAUUUCAUUAUCGUAGACGAAAUUCCAUUCCUUGGAAGACUGUUCUUGAUGAGUGGUGGUGUGCACUUUUUCCAGAAAAAACUGGUGAAGUACCACAUAGAGGAACUGUUAUAAGUAGUUGGAAAAGUGUAGCCACAAGGAGGAUCAAAUUGUCCCGAGAUUCAUCAAGAGAAAGGUUGGAGGAAUUUUUAAGAACUCCCUACUGCUAUCCAACUAAAAGACCCAUCAAUGAAGAGCAACUGGAAGAUGACCAUCCUGAUGGAAAUGAGCCUCCCCUGACUACUAAAGAUGACAGUGAGCUUCCCCUGACUACUAUAGAUGACAGCAACGAGGACAUCGUGAGCACAUUUGAUGAUGUUUCAUCACCUUACUUGCUAAGGAAGCAUGGGGAUACACUUGCUGUUCUUCAUGAUCUUUUAGAGACUGAAAGAAGGGAGAAAAAAGACCUAGAGAGGCAAUUACGUGAAGUGGAAAGCAAACGAAAGAAAGUAGAACAGUUGAAUGAUGAGAAUGCAGCAAGAGUCAUUAAAGCAGAAGGAGCUGUUAAAGAAAUGAUGAAGAGCCACCAAAAGGAAUUUUCUAAAUACCAAAACAAGUUAAAGAAGGCUGACGAUCUGUGCAAGCAGUUAGAGAAAGAAAUUUGUUCACUUUCUAGAAGCAAUGUUUUUCGCCGCUUAGCAACUAAAGAGAAGCAACUUGACAAAGAAAAGAAACAUGUGUCUGAGCUGCAAAAAGAGAUCAUGAAACUAAAUCAUGAAGUUGAUGAACUUAUGAGGCUGAAAAAGAACAGAACAGAACAAGUGAGGUACAACACAAAGAAGCGAACAGAGAUUGAAAACAAAAUCGAUACAGAGAAUGCACAGUUGAAGGAACAGCUUAGGGAUAUUGAGAGGCAAAAUGAUACACUGAGAAGUCAGUUAGAUGAAAUCAUGGGAGACAAAGAAAUAUCUUGUUAUGAAAAUGGAGCAUUUUCGUCUGACAUAAGAACUGUGUGUUACGAAUUAUUAGCCAAGGGAAUCAGCCCAAGACACAUAUCUGAUAUCGUACGCCUGGUUCUUAAGAGACUUACAGGUCUAGAUUGUGGAAGACUUCCUAAGGCAUCCUGUAUCCGCUAUAUGACAUACGAACAAGCCCUUCUUGCCAAACAUGUUGCAAAGGAUGCUGUUGAGAAGAGUUCAUGUCCUGUUACUCUGCAAACAGAUGGCACCACCAAAAAACAUCAGUCUUAUGUCACAAUGCUAACAGCCACAGAAUCUGGAACAUAUGGACUAAGCCUCACUGAAGUUCUAACAGAAGAUGCAGACACACUCAUGAGUGAAGCUUUGUCAGCAAUGAAAGAACUUCUUUCACUAGACAUCAUCAGUGCUGAAACAGAAGAAAGGGCAGGACAACUCCUUGCAAAAGUCAAGAAUACAAUGACUGAUAGAUGCAUAGUCAAUAAGAAGUUCAUAAGGCUGUUAGAAGAAUGGAGACAGAAGUUUCUUCCAUCUAUCAUUGAUAAUUGGGAGCAAUUGUCUGGUCAACUAAAAAAAGAAAUGGCAAGUGUAAAUGAUUUAUAUUGUGGAAAACACUUGGUUCUGAAUUUUCAAGAGUAUGCUGCUGCAGCACUGCAAGCAUGGGAAACUGUUGAAUCUGCUGGAAGGAAGCUUGGACGAGAGUUGCACAUGCCAUGGAAUAAAAAGUCAGAAUCUGCAACCAUGCUGGCAGUCAGAUCCAUUUGUGAGGCAUUUGGACCGGAUGCACAUCCACAGGCAGGUUGUCCCCAAGAGUUUAAAGCCUCUGUCAAACAGAAUUACCUGCGUGCUUUCAGGGGGAAUAGGUUCAACGUGCCAUUUGAAAACUCAGCUGCCACAUAUUUUCAUCAUGUCAGUGGCCAUUUCAAGGAUGUUUGCAGUACCUUGCCUGAAAGAAAACAAAGCAAUACCCUCAUUAAGGCUGUCAUGUGGGAUCUUGAAGACAACAUCAUUCUCGGUGGCAUCAGGGCAAUGGGUAUCAUAUGUGUUCAUAUCUCUACACCGCUGAUGCAUAUGAUCGAGACAAGUGGUCAUGUAAUGGAUACUGACAAAUAUUACACCAGGCUCCACGACUUUGUGUACGAGAACAUGGCAAACCCUACUGAUCUCCUGAAUAAUGCAGUUUUAUAUCCUGAUUACCCACCCAAAGGCAAUGAGGUUCUACACAAAGCAUUGUACAGUGAAGUAAAUGAAGAAAUAAACUUCUACACGAAGCAGUCAAUCAUCAUUAUCCUACACAACAUCUUUGUGUGCAUUCAACGGCAGCUGGAAGAUCACUUACCUGGUGGCAAACAUCAUAAUGCUGAUAGUAGAGUUCAGCAAGAAACAAGGACAUGUCCCAAAGAUAACAUAGCUGCUGAAAGAAUGUUUGCUGGAUUAGACUACCUGAGAAGAUCAAAACCCAACUUGAAAGUCCUUGCAAUGCAAGGGAUCUUGCUGUGGUCCCAAAACAAAUCCAUGGAAUAUCUCGAUAAGUGUACUGAGGAAGAAAAGUCAGAACUGAUCAAAACUGCCACUAAGAAUAAAAGAAUAGUUAUGAAGAGGUACCAAGACAAGGUUAAGGAUAUGAAGAAGGAAAGGCAAGAGAUGAUGGACAGACAGCAACAAGCAAAAGAAGAAAAGAAGAGAAAAUCAGUAGCAACAGCAGUCAGAGCAACUGAGAUGGUAAACAAGUUGUGUGAUGGUCCUUGUACCUCCAGUGCUGAUGUGGAGUCCAUGAUGGCUAAGAAGGCUCCGUCUGAUCAAAGAAAGGCUCUGUUGGCACAGAUUGACUACUACAAGUCUGUUAACAAAGGAUUGGUCAAAGGUGCUUUGUUUUUUAAGUCAAAGGCUGGUAAACCCCUAAGCGCAUCUGACCUGUGUGACAACUUAAAAGAGAUAAUUCAGGUUGUUCAUUCAGCCCCCAUCGGUCAGUCAGAAGAUGCUGAAUCUGGUACAUCCUGCACAUUCCCUGAUAGUGACACUCUUCAAGAAGAAAGGAAGGCAUUAAGAGAGAAACUGCUAUCAAAAGUGACAGGGAGAAAGCGCAAAGAACCCUUUCCUGAAACUACCAUUUUACACAAAAGAAUUAAACACAAGUUUCUUCCUGAAGGUGGCAAACGUCUUGUCACAUACCAUGGCAGAGUGUUGAGAAAGAGUACUCAACAGGACAUUGAAGACUUGAUGGAAUGUAACGAUCAGGAAUAUUUCGACAAAGGUUAUACAUUUUGCACCCUUGUGUAUGACAAUGACGAGAACCUGUACACAUAUCCUCUUGAGAAGGAAUGGGAAGAUAAUUGUCUGGAGCUCAUCUAAGAAAGGCAGCCAAAGUUAUUCAUUUGUACAAAGGAAAGAAAAAUGAUGUCUUAACUGAAAAUGAACUCUGCACAAGAGAUUUUGGCCCAAGUUCACUUCAGAGUUAUAGCAUUGAUUUGAGAAAGAUUACUUAUCAAUUCAUCAGGAUAUUGAAAUGAAUACUUAAUGGAUCACUAACCUUUAUUAUUUGGACAAAUUAUUUACAUAUCAGACUUCUAUGGUGGUUUGACAAUGCUUAGUAAUGGAACAUAUAUCUUCUGGAAUUCAGUAAUUCAUCCAUGUCGACAGAUAAAGAGGUAUGUGAAAUAAAUUUGCUAUCUUUUUUGUGUGUUUGAAAAGAAACUAUUCAUGCACACACCGAAAAUAAAUUUCGUUUUUACUCAAUGUAAUUGCAUUUAUUGCAUGAAUCCACCAAUUACAAUUAUGUUCAGGGAAUAACACUAAUGUACAAAUUAUUUUUACUCAGUACAUGUUUAUAGCUGCUCUUUUUGUAGUAAAUCAAGAUUACUUCAUCUUUUGCAAUACAUAAAAACAUUGAAUUGUAAUAUUUCCUGCCAUAUUGAGACACUAGUUUGUGGUACAUAUAAUAUGAAUGUCUUUCAAAAUUUUGUACCAGUCCACCAAUUAAUUUUUUACUCUUACACUUUAUACAAACCUGCAAUCAAAAAUCUACCAGGCAGAUUUUGGAAAAUUCUAAUGAAACAGCAUCUGUUAUAUUAUUGUUGUGCUAAAAAAAAAACUCAAGUUCAAUGAAUGAGGUAGAAUAUCUUAUGCAGACUGUCCAAUGGCUUUUACUAUGCCUUGAAUGCCCUCUUAUCCCUUCUCAUCAGGUUGUCCGCUCAUUUGUGUCUGGCUGCAGUUUCCCCUUUCUCGAUUUGAUUCCCUUGGCUGUUGCUCAUUGUCCUUGUCAUGACCUACUUGAAAUGGGAUGAAGAUUACAGUUAUUUUUUGUUAAAUUGUUUGAAGUCAGAAUUCAUAGAAAUGUAUUAAACAUCAAUGUUAUUAAAAAUUCAAUUUAUUAUGCUAAAAUUGGGAAUAUAUUAAAAUAUCUAAUGAAACAGCAUCUGUAAUAUUAUUGUGAUACUUGAAAGAAAACUCAAAUACCAGCCUGGAUUGACUUGUGCAGCAACUGAUCAUUCAAUUUCAGAACUGCCAAGAACAGAUAUGUGCUGUCUUUGGCAUGUUAAUAAUAAUAUCCUCUUUCAUUAAGGUUAUCUGUCCAGUGCUGUUCUUAAACUCAUUUUCAGCACUGUAUAGGUAAAAGAUAAGUGUUGUGAAAUCAUAAAGUUUAUCAACCUUGUAUAACCCAUAUGAAAGAGACAAUUUGUAGGAUGGUUUGAUUGUUGCCGAUGAAUCUUUGAUGAAUUAUGUAUUAAUAAUUAUGCAUAAAUUAGCUAAUUUGCAUAAUAAAUGAGCUAAUUUGCAUAUUUGUCAAAUAAGAUUGUACAAAAGUGGUGAAAAUUAAAGGUCUUAGUGCAAGAAAACAUCUUGCCAAGUUUCAUUGCGUGAAACCUAAUAUAACUGGAGAUAUUGCAUUUACGCAUAUUAAUUAGCUCUCAUUUGCAUAUUUUGAAGGUUUUUCUGUGGUUGCGGAUGGGUGAUUUUGAAUUAAUAGGUCCCACUCUGACGACUAUAAUUCAGCAGUAACUUACUCAUGUGAUCCCGUUUUUGCAGACUGUGUAGAACACAAGUGCUAUAGCUAUGUUUAAUUGUUUUUAGACACUAUAUAAUCAUAUUUUUCAUGUGACAGAUACUUGAAUUUGCCCAAAAACGCAUUUUUUGCCUUUUUAGGGCGAUUUUGAUGAUUUCCGGCAGGUUUUUACCCUUUUUCCGAUAACUUAAAUCGACCAUAACUUUACCAAACAUUGGUCAAUUUACAUGAAGUUGGUAUCAAAAUAAAGCUCUCACAAAGCUCUAUAAGACAGAAUGGAUUUUGAAUGGAUAUUAGCUAGUUUUAAUUUUUGUGUGCUAUCCCUAAUUUAAUGUUUGUCGGAAGUCAGAGGUCCUACUCCUGAGUCCGAGCUCUCGAGUCUGCUUGUGGGAGGUGAGGCGACGGUCUGGAUUGGCAGACGGAACGGGGAACGGGGUACUCGUGGUCGGUACCACUACCAGAGAAUUCACAAGUUUCAGUCUCUACAAGACCUAGCCUAUCCGGUGAGUACGAAGCAGGAAUAGAUCUAGGCUAGACUCAGUCUAGAUUUAGGUCUACGGUUUAGUGUCAAAUAGUAUCCUAGGCCUAGGCCUAGUACUAGUAGUAGGUCUACGUUAGGCCUAACGUUAAGCCUAGUAUACUGUAGUGCUAACUUAGAGUAGAAGUUAGGCUUAAAUGAAUCGUAGAAGAGGCCUGCUUUGUAACGAGCAGGUAGGCCUGUCUAGGCCUGGCUUUAGAUUUCGAACAAAAUCAUGUUCUUAUUGGUCAGGAGUUAAUAGGCUCUGAGUCCUUUUCAUUUCAAUUUCAUGGCCCGUCAACCCCCCCCCCCCCCCCCGGUUUUCACGUUAGAACGCGAAGAUCCUAUUACCAACCAUAGGCCAGGCAUAAGACUAGUUAAGGUAGUCAGGCAAACAUGGUUCGAUGGGGGGGGGGGGGCUAUUUGGCUUGUCAACACAAUGUUUAGAUUUGAAUGUAGGUCAUAUGUCAAGCCAUAAUAAGACAUAGCUUGGACUUGGCCUGGAAUUAAUUUUAAUUUGGUCCAAGCGGUUUAUACGAUCAUGAUGGAAAAGGGAGGGGUUGUCGUCAUAAUUCAAACACGGGCCUAGCUAGGCCUGUUCCUACUUGACGACUUGUUUUAGUGUCUGAACUAGGUCACUAGGUGUGUCAUGGUGAUUUUUAAAAAGAGUUCAACAAUUUUAUUAACGUUAAUUACCGUAUCGUAUUAGGUGUAGGCCCUAGUUCAUGGCUGUGGUUAAUAUGGAUGUAAAUACAUUUUCACAGCCGGUGGUUUGGAAAUUGGGGUUAGUCUCCUCAGUAUAUGACUACAUUGAGGUUCUAAAGCUUCGGCCAGAAUCGAUGUAUAUUUUCGAUGGAAAAUCAAAGAAAAAUGAAGUCUAUAGAGGCCGAUAUGAAAUUGGUUCUAGCAGCCAUUAUUUACAGCUUAUUCUAGGCCUAGUGAUGGGCUAGGCUAAGAUGUAUUUAAGACCAUGAUUAAUUUUAAGCCGCCGUUUUUGGCAAAAAUGGUGAGAAUAGCAGAGGGUCUACUAGUGAUUGGCAAAAAGUUCGAACUUUUUCGGUGCUGAUAAAUAACUGAGUGAGAAAUGUCACUUUGUCUUUGUUAUAAAUUUACAAGUAGUCUACUACUAGUACAGGUACUCGGACUACAAUUUAAUGGUGACACCACAGAGGAAAUUAGGCUAAGUCCAACGUUAGAUCUACUAACAGUAGACGCGGUUUUACAUGUCUGUUUUGGGGAUAAAUCAGCUGGUUCAGUUAGGCCUAUAAAAGUAGUAUUUGACCUCUGUGACUUUUUCUGGAUAUGGGCCAGCAUGAGCUGUGUUCUCGGUCUAAAAAUUAUGUGGAUAGACCGGUGGUGGAAGAGCUUAUACUAGAUAUGUAUACGUCUACUCAGUUUUUAAAUGAACAUCUACAGACUGCGACGGGCAUGAUAUUAUUGUUGAAUCAGUCACUUGAAAAGUAGCGGAUGUGGCUUAGCAUUAUGACAUGCGAUUGUAUGGAUUUCUUACAGUCUUUUAAAGGAAAAUAACUAGAGUUUAAAGUAUUGAAAAUAAUACUAUUUAUUGCUGAUGUUGAUGAUACAGUGUGAUAAUGAUUAUACAUUAAAUAUAAAUACCUCCACCUUGCACCAAGCAGUUCUGUUUAUACAUUUACGCCUUGAAACGGGUUGGUUUUUGGAAUUCACUUUGCAUGAAUUGAAUGCCGAUGCUUGGUGGAAAUGUGAGCUUCACAUUUCGAGGAAACAUGGUACACGUAAAAGUGGACUUACCAUGCACAUAAUAGUCGGAUGUAAUUUCAAACUAGCUUGGAAUCCCCAAAUUAGUUUAGAUUGAAGUCAAGUGGUCAACGAGCAGUUUGUUAUAAUAUGAUAGGCCUCCCAAUAAGAAACCUUUAUGUAAUAGGAGUCGUUUAUGUGCGAUGAUUUUGUGUGGAUUUUAUUUUGUGUAAAAAAAAAAAAAAAGUAGAAAUGCUUAGGCCCUAUUGGAAUUGAAUUUAAUUACUGGUUGUUAUAUAGCGCUUUAUAUCAACCUCGAAGUCGAACUGCUCAAAGCGCUUCACAAUUGAACCUAGUUGCACCUCAUGGUUCAAGGUAUUUAUCAAAUAGGCCUAUUUGGCUGGUCAAUGAUUUGAACUGAGAUAAUAUCAUUUUAAAAAGAAUGAUAAUUAUGUAAUUAUGUAAAUGGGCAUGUGUGGGAAAGUCUGAAAUCUUGUAGAUGCACCAUGCUGUCACCCCCCCCCCCCCUUUGCUUUCGGGGGACACAAUACGGAUGCCUUUAAUGCAAUGAGCCAUGUAGGUAAACUGGCCAAUCAAACGAAAUUUACCGAUUGCACAAUCAGGAACCAGGUUACAAAAGUACAUCUUCUUUUUUGGAAUUGUACAGCGUGUGAAAUAUUUUGUUGGUGGCCCGUUGAGUAUGAAAAUGUUUCCAAUGGGCUGGAUGCAAUAAUUUGGCUCGAUUAUUUCUGCAGUGAUAUGAGGUAAACUGAAUACUGAUAUAAUAAUGAUAAUAUAUUUCAAAAUAAUACAAGUUAUAGUCAUUUGGAACAGAUUAUUUGAAGCUUAAUCUGGUUUUGAAAUAUAUUCUAAGUUGCGACACGCACAUGUAUGCAGAUGAUAUUGCAUCGCUGGUUGGGGUUGUACUGUAGGGAAUUGGAAAAUUAAAGUUAAAAAUGAAACAUAAGGAGCAGGACUACUGAUUAUUCCGUGAAGGCGGUUUUCAGAUGUUUCGGGAAGCUGCUCCUUUCGUGUUAAGCUCAUAAUUGAGUGAUAAAUUGAAAGGGAAAGCAGAGGGACAAACCCGUUUUGGUACGAGAUACAGAUUUAGGUGUUCUGCCCAGGCUUUUUUCUUGUUUUCUUUUGCAGAGCCGGCUCUUUGGAUAAAAUGGAUUCAAGCUGACUACUGCGAGGCAAGGUAGGCUGGCAGGAAAGUUUGAUGACAAUCGGACCUACUAUAGUAUAACCUAGAACGCUCCAAGUCUGGCUGCCAAAGAGUUUCCCUUUGGUUGGAUCUAGUUCCUGACCAGAUAGCCUAGAGUCCAUGGUAAUGGAUGUCAAUUGUGGCGUUAAUACGCUCUUGUAAUAAAUAGAAAUGAACUGGGUAUAGCCUGAGAACUAUGCUGCCGGAAAUUACCCUAAUUGGAGCAGUGGUCAACGUCUUCAUCUUCAUAUUAAUAAUUUACCGACAGGUGUGGAUUUAUAAUACGUAGUCCAAGGAAUAGAGGUUUUCUUCAGUAAAAAAAACUGGUGAACAAACAUCUUAGCCUUCAAGGAACAGUAUUGCAGCAGGGAAAACAAUUUCAUGUUUGAAACAUCAUGAUACAGUGGGCUAUCUUGAAUAAUGAGUCCAUGAUAUGAGGAUGAGUUCAUUAUGAUUUCAUUUUCAGACUUUUUAUGAGGUCCUCCAUAUUGUUCACUUGGAAGGGAUUGGAACUUGAACAUAUGAAGAAAGCCCUUUGCCUCUUUGCGCUUUUGCCAACAAGAAUGUAACAUAUUGUUCAGGACAAAUAUAUAUAUAUGUGCAUGUAUAAAUGUAUAAGGCACUUCAAUUUUAUUCAUUAUCCUUUGAAGGACUACUCGUCGGAUGUUAUUUUAAUUUUGAAAUAAACAAUUAUUUCAUGGAUGUGGUGAAGAUGAUAAGACAAAAAGUCAGUCAUGUUUUACGUCGAUAUGUGAAUACAUAAUCGAAAAAUGAAACAUCCCCGGUAAAAUUCCAGUUUAUGUUCACUGGUUCUUAGUUUAGCUGCAUGAGGGGUGUAGCUCUAUAAACGGAGUAGUUCUGACGGGAAGGGUUCAUGUUCAAAUUGGUUUUAGUGCCUUCAAUUAUCAUGGUUAUACUCUAUUGGUUAUAUGGGGUUAUUCUGUGGAUGUUACUCUAGUUUUCAGUUUCAGUUUUUAUUUUAUCUCAUUUCCAACAGAACAGUUUUCAAAAUCCAUUAUAACUCAGGAAUGGUAUGAUGUCUGUUUGUUGGCAUUAAGAGUGAGGUGACUAACUAAAUGCUGUGGUUGGAUUUUAAUUGAUCGAUUGUCCACAAUUGAAUCAUAUGGGUGCAUGGAGUUAAGUCAUGCACUGUUAUAAUUAUAUGGCAAAUGGGACAACAAGAAAGUGGCAGUACCUCAGUGCGGCAUGCAUUGUUGGUUUAGCUAUGUUGGGAUGCUAGUAUGUGUUAACUAUAUGGUCAAACUGAUGGCUUUCGGCCAUCUAAUUGGUUUUAGUGCCUUCAGUUAUCAUGGUUAUACCCCAUUGGUUAUAUGGGGUUGUUCUGUGGAUGUUACUCAAGUUUUCAGUUUCAGAUUUUAUCUUAUCUCAGUUCCAACAGAACAGUACCGGUAUAUCAAAUCAAAAAUAAAUACUAAUAAUGAAAAAAUGAAUAAAAUAAAGUAUGGUAUGUACCGUAUUUGUUGGAAUUAAGUGUGAAGUGACUAGCUAAAUGCCGUGUUUGGUUUUUAUCGAUCGAUUGUCCACAAUUGAAUUAUUUGUGUGCAUAGGGUUAGAUUAUGCACUGUUAUACAUGUAUGGCAAAUGGGACAACAAGACAGAGGCAGUACCUCAGUGCGGCAUGCAUUGCUAGUUUAGCAAUGUUGGGAUGCCAGUAUUUGUUAAUUAUAUGGUCAAGCUGAAGGCGUUCAGCCACCAUUGAUAACUUAUCAAAAUUGGUGAUGCAAUGAAUUUCAAUUUUGAAGAUUGCAAUAGAUUUGUAUCAAAAUCAUGAUACUUCAAAUGGCAUAUUAUCUUGUCUUCCUUCAUAUGUUUUGUUUAGUUUUGCGCAUGGUAAUCAGAUUUUAAUUGUGAAUGAAGUUCUGACACGGUUAUGUUUUAAUGUAUUUCUAUUGGGAGAUUUUUCCAACAGCUGAAUACAUUGAAGUGUUUUUCAUGCUCUCAUUAUACUUGAGAUGGAUAUUUGUUCAUAUACUUGAAUUGGAUUUUUCUAUCUGGUUUUGGAAUGCAAUAAGUGAAAUAUUCAGGUGCAAAGUAUUUGUCAUUUCAUGCUGGUUUAAAACGGGCUGGUAUGUUGGUCAAGAAUAGAAAACAGGUAUACUGCGUAUAAAAUGAUCACUCUUAUAUCAGCCAGAAUAGCUAGAGGCAAAGAAUGCCAGCCUUCAGGUAACUGUGUCAUGUAAGACAGCGACGUCAAGGCUGUACAAAGAUUUUAUACAAAGAUGAUAUAUUUUAAAUUCAUUUAAAAUUAUUGGAGGGCUUGGAGGCCUACUUGACUACAUAUGCAUGAUAACUGAUUUAGCUUGGCCAGCUAAUGCAAAACUAGACUAAAUUAUGAACGAAGGCUUAAAAAAUGAAUGAAGUGUUUGGCGGCCGAUCAUAUAUAUAAAAUAUAUUCUCGUUUGGCGGUAAUUUGUCAAAUUAUGCCGCCUAAACACUGUUGUCAUAAGAUAUAUUGGCAUGGCAUAUGUUCUUUAAUCCACAAUGGUCACUUUUGCAAGGUGUUUAAAGCAGUGAAUUAUAUUUUCGCCUCUAGUUAUUAGAUUUUCCACUUUGAUGCCAUGUACGUUGAUUAAUAUUUCAUAUUGAAUCGGGUCCUCAUUCGGUACCUAGACGAAGGGGAUUUAUUUAUAACUUUACAUAGUACUUUAAGAACGCAAUUGUAGAUUUGAAUGUAAGGGUGUCACGCUCGAACUUUCAGUUUAGGCCUCACCUGAUCUCAUAGGCGGGGAGGCUGGUAUUCUGUAUACAUUUAUAUUUUAUGUAAGGGUGUCACGCUCGAACUUUCAGUUUAGGCCUCACCUGAUCUCAUAGGCGGGGAGGCUGGUAUUCUGUAUACAUUUAUAUUUUUCGUGAAAUUUAGGCCUCACCCAAGUUCUCAUGCGGGAAGGCUGGUAUAUAUAUAUAUAUGUAUAUUAUAUGAUAUAAGUAUGACAUCUGUAAUCCACCGAUUUGCCGGUAGCUCAUAAAUGUAGUUCAUAGCUGUGCUGGUAUUCCUGUCCGGCUAGCAGAGAACCAGUGGGAAAGCAGCCGCGAAAUUUAACGUUGAAUUUUCUGGGAGGGGGGCCUUCUAGCCGGGGGUUUAACCCCCCUUCGGGGAGCUAAUUCGAGGCUAUCGGUUGGUUUCAGAUAUACAUGAAUGUAAGUCUCUAAUCAGAGGUAUUCAUAUCUAUGUUUUAUACUUAUGUGAUUGUGACACCAAUUUCGGGAAGCGUUCAUCUCUAUUGAAUAAAGCCACGACAUAAUCGCAUAUUAUUUUGUUUUGUCAUUUUGUUUGCCGAGAAUAAUGUAUUUUAAAGACGACUCGGCGAUUUAAAAUGAUUUAUUAGUCGGUGAACAAUGCCAGGUCAUGAAGGUAUUUGUAAUUUGGAAUGGCGCGGUUGACGAGGUGAUACGUCACAAUGGCGCGCCAGCCUGUUUGGUUUAUGCCCACAAUGACAAUAAUUUGUACUGGGCGCAAGGAGCGCGCAUGUUUUGGCGCGCGCGCCUAGGUGUGAAGGCGCGAAAAAUCCUUCAUUUUAGUCUUGGCUUUCAACGGAGAUGAACGUCCAAAAUAUUCGCUUGUAAUUUUCCCACCUCCUCCCCAACAACCACCCAUGUAAACGGUACGUUUGGGUCAAACGAUGUUGGAAUAUUGUUUAAACACAUGCGUUGGAGAAGGUCGAGAAUGAAGAUACGCUAUACGUAUCAUUCAGAGUUGAUUUGUGUUUUAUUGGAAUGUACAGCUCGUUCAGGAUGGAAUAACGGGAUGUAGAACUGUCGAUAAUGGACAUUUGAAUUAGUUUACUUACAUGAAUAUAAUAUUGAUUUAUAUAACGAAACACGAAUUCAAAUCCGGAGGCAGUUUGCCUGGUCGCACACCAAAACAAUACCAAGAUCGUCGUGCAUUUAGAAAUGUGGGCCGUAAGGGAAUUUUAUCCUUCUGAUCUAUUUUGGACUGUGGUCAGGUGGGUUUUCGCCCUUACCCGUUUUUGUGGCUGGGUGUUCGUUAUAUAUUGGUAAUUCACAUGAAUUGUAUUGUCAUAUUAUUGUCAUGGCAUAUGUUCUUUAAUCCACAAUGGUCACUUUUGCAAGGUGUUUAAAGCAGUGAAUUAUAUUUUCGCCUCUAGUUAUUAGAUUUUCCACUUUGAUGCCAUGUACGUUGAUUAAUAUUUCAUAUUGAAUCGGGUCCUCAUUCGGUACCUAGACGAAGGGGAUUUAUUUAUAACUUUACAUAGUACUUUAAGAACGCAAUUGUAGAUUUGAAUGUAAGGGUGUCACGCUCGAACUUUCAGUUUAGGCCUCACCUGAUCUCAUAGGCGGGGAGGCUGGUAUUCUGUAUACAUUUAUAUUUUAUGUAAGGGUGUCACGCUCGAACUUUCAGUUUAGGCCUCACCUGAUCUCAUAGGCGGGGAGGCUGGUAUUCUGUAUACAUUUAUAUUUUUCGUGAAAUUUAGGCCUCACCCAAGUUCUCAUGCGGGAAGGCUGGUAUAUAUAUAUAUAUGUAUAUUAUAUGAUAUAAGUAUGACAUCUGUAAUCCACCGAUUUGCCGGUAGCUCAUAAAUGUAGUUCAUAGCUGUGCUGGUAUUCCUGUCCGGCUAGCAGAGAACCAGUGGGAAAGCAGCCGCGAAAUUUAACGUUGAAUUUUCUGGGAGGGGGGCCUUCUAGCCGGGGGUUUAACCCCCCUUCGGGGAGCUAAUUCGAGGCUAUCGGUUGGUUUCAGAUAUACAUGAAUGUAAGUCUCUAAUCAGAGGUAUUCAUAUCUAUGUUUUAUACUUAUGUGAUUGUGACACCAAUUUCGGGAAGCGUUCAUCUCUAUUGAAUAAAGCCACGACAUAAUCGCA